UCGCAUAUAUAUAUAUAUAUAUGGCCGUUUGUAUCAUAACCGAGUGUGCUCGCGGGCCGGUUUGAUUUCGCUCCCUUUAGGCAUUUUUGCUGCUCGCCGCCGGGCUAGUUACGGGUCGACCAUUCAGGUUAUGAUAGCUGACAGGAACGGGGAACCUGAGAGCCUCUUCUCCUCCCCUGCUCUCGGCUUCCCCCGCCUCAGGUUCUUCCGUUACCGGCGCUUGAGGUAGUCGCCUAGUCGGUACUCGUCGCAACUCAAAUUUUAACCUUAUACACACACAUAGAUAUAGGCGAUGCCGAACUGGAAGGGUAGCCGGAGAGGGCAGGAGGAGAAGAACCGGAAAGGGAAGCUGGCGGAGAGAGCGUCGUCGUUCCACGGGAAGAAAUCAGGAACGAUGGGAGAGUUGCUGGCCCGGCCGAGGACGGUGCCGGACUUGCUGGCCGGAGGGAGCAGUAACGGAAGUGCUGCAACGGAGGGACGGGCGCCGUUGAAGCUGACCAAGCUGCUUCUGAACGUAACCGUACAGCGGAGCCUAGGGCCCGUGCAGGUGGUGAUGUCGCCGGAGUCAACGGUCAGUGAGCUGAUUGCCGCCGCUCUCCAGCAGUACGUUAAGGAAGGCCGGCGGCCGAUUUUGCCCUCCGCUCAGCCCUCCGGCUUCGAUCUCCACUAUUCUCAGUUUAGCUUAGAAAGUUUAGAUCGGGAGGAGAAGCUGAUCAGCCUUGGAUCAAGGAACUUCUUCCUGUGUCCAAAGAUUUCGCCGCCGGCCACCGAAAGCGGUGGCGCGACGUCGUCGUCCUGCUCGAAUCAAGCGGAGAAAGCGACCAAGAUUGUAAUUCCCUGGCUCAAGUUCUCGUUCUGAUUCUACUCCGCAACUGGCUACUAUUUCUUGCAAAUCCAUCCAUUUUAUUGGUUGCUAAAGGCGGAAUUAGUUUGUUUAAUUUAUAAUAUUGCACUUGUAUGUAAUAUGACCACGAAGUCCAAAAUUAUUAGCUUUCAGGUUGCCCCCUACUUGCAGAUUCAUUGAUGAUUUAACCAGUUUGAUGAAUUUUGCAUUGUGGUGAGCUUUACCGCUUUUGUACA